GCCUGGCGGCCGCUGCGCACGCCCGCCCCUGGCCUUCUGACGGCAUUUCCCAUGGCUGAACCUGCUCCUCCGGGCCCCCGGGCCCGGGCUUCCAGCGCCCACCGCAACGCUGCAGGUACUAAACAGACAAGUGCCCUCAAGCCCGAAGAUGCUUCCAGAAGACGAGCAGAACUAGAAGCCGCAGUGCGAAGGAAGGUGGAGUUUGAGAGGAAAGCUGUGCGCAUGGUUGAGCAGCUGUUAGAAGAGAACAUCACAGAGGAAUUCCUGAAGGAGUGUGGCAUGUUCAUCACCCCGGCUCACUACAGCGAUGUCGUGGAUGAGCGGUCCAUCAUCAAACUCUGUGGCUAUCCUCUAUGUCAGAAGAAGCUGGGAGUUAUACCGAAACAGAAAUAUAAAAUUUCUACCAAAACCAAUAAAGUCUAUGAUAUUACUGAAAGAAAGUCUUUCUGCAGCAAUUUUUGUUACAGAGCAUCUAAAUUUUUUGAAACACAAAUUCCCAAAACUCCAGUAUGGGUUCGAGAGGACGAGAGGCCUCCUGAUUUUCAGCUGCUGAAGGAAGGACAAAGUGGCCGUUCUGGAGAAGUCGUACAGUUCUUCAGUGAAGCCAUCACAGCAGCAGAUAUUGACAGUCCUGGUGCUUCUGAAGCGCAAUGUGAACCGCCGGCUUCCAGCACCGGGAGCGAUCCCGCCAGUGAUGAUGAGCAAGGCUUUGUUUCUUCGCUCCUGCCAGGAAACAGACCAAAGGCAGCCAAACCGAGACCACGGCUGCACAGAGAGAGCGGCAUAGGGAAGAAGAAAGCUGGUCAGAAGGUGAACUCCACACACAGAGAGCAGACGGUGGCAGAUGUCGCCGAGCAGUUGGGUAACUGCAGAUUGGGCAGCCAGGAGAAAGCAGCUGCCUGGGAACUUCCUUCAAAGAAAGAAAGUACUCAGAUUUCUUCACCUGGCCCUCCGAGUGAAAGACUACACACUUCAGCAGUUUCUGACGGUAGACACAGUAUGUCAGAAGUCACCCUUGUAGGUAUAAGCAAGAAAAGCGCUGAGCACUUCAGGAGCAAAUUUGCCAAAUCUGCCCAGGGCUCCGGGUCAGCCUCUGGCUCAGCGCAGGUGUGUCCCGAGGCUGCAAAGACGAACUUGCUUCGCACUCUAAAGGACACUUUGACUGAAUGGAAGACGGAGGAAACGUUGAAGUUUCUGUAUGGCCCAGAUCAUGCCUCUGUGUGCCUGAAACCGUCGUCAGCCCCGGUACCUGAUGAGGAAUUGGAUGAAGAUGACAUACACUGUGACCCGGGUGGCAUUGGUCCUGCCCUGAGCCAGCCUCAGAACAACCUGGGUGAGACACUACCCUCCGGAGGCUCAGACACAGCCAGUAAGCCACUGCCCAGUUACGAGAGUUUGAAAAAAGAAACCGAAACGCUGAAUCUGAGGGUCAGGGAGUUCUAUAGAGGACGCUAUUUUUUAAAUGACGAAACUGCCGAGUCGCAGCACCCAGAAGAGAAUGUGUUUCAGCGUGGUCCCAGCUUCCCACUGAUUGAUUCAAGUUCCCAGAACCAGAUUAGAAAACGGAUUGUUCUUGAAAAAUUGAGCAAAGUAUUGCCUGGACUUUUGGGUCCUCUUCAGAUUACAAUAGGCGAUAUUUACUCUGAACUUAAAAACCUUGUUCAGACUUUCAGAUUAUCCAAUCGAAACAUUAUCCACAAGCCGGUGGAAUGGACUUUAAUCGCUGUGGUGUUGCUGACAGUGGGUCAACAAAACAGAAAACUACCAUGAAGUAGUUGCCCCAGCACAUGCCCACGCCUGUGUCAUCGUAUAGGAAGGGGGAGGCUAUGCAGCAUGGUGGCUUUUCGGACUUUUAGUUCAACUGAUUAUUGUUUUAUUGAAGAAAUCAGAUCCAUAGGCCUGAUUUGUAGCUGCCCCUGGAGUUGGACUUUCUGCCUUUUGUCCAAGAAACCACAGGGUAAAGAAAGUUCAUUUUAAAUAUGAAACUUGAAAUUUGAAAUUCUGAUUGUUUACAUCCUGAAGAGCCCUUAAAUAUACAGGCAGAAUUCAGAAUUCCUUUUGAAAAUAUAUACCCUUUUUUUUUUCAUUUUUGAAAAAGACAUUUUGCAUUAUAUCUAGGGUUUGUGUGAAUCCUCAACUUUCUGAAGAUAGACGACAUCUUGAGCUUUUGUGUUACUAAUCACAGGUUGCUGAUGUUUCAUUUUUGAGUGUGAGCGUAGGGUGGUAAAGAGAGGAAUUCUGGUUUAAUCCUCUGUCAUUUAGUUCUUCUGGAGAGAAGGAUAAAUCCUAGCUCAGUAUAUAGAGCAGCAAAAUAGACUGAAUCACAUUUGAGAAAAAUCGGUGGUGUAACCUCAUAAAAUAACACCACAGUUAAACUUUUUAGAUUUUCACCUGCACUGUUCUUAAUGACGUGCUUCAGCCGAGCGCGGUGGUGCACGCCUGUAACCCCAGCACUCAAGAGGCCGAGGCAAGAGACUGGCCUUCGUAGUGAGACCCUAUCUCAUUUUAAAAUGUAGAUAAACCUCUGAAAAACAAAACUGUCUUGUCUGUCCCAACAGGUUUGCUUCUGUUUGACUGUAAUCCCAUAGACUGUCAGGUAUUAUGUUUGUUACGUGGUACUUUAAAAUAGGGCCCCAUCUGAUAGCCCUGCCUCCAAAGUGCCGGGAUUCUGAAUGUGAGCCUCCACUCCAGGCUUCAUGUGUCUCCCGACACUGUCUGCGAACACUGACGGCUUUCUCUGUACCUCCUCCUCCCUGGCUCUAACUUACAGAGAAUAAGAGGGGCGAGGGUUUGGAGUUUUUCUUGAAAAAGCCCAGUGUUAUCGUUUAACAGUCACUGUGUCCAUGGCCUUUAUGCAUAGUGAGCAGCAGAAUGGGUUCCCUCCCUGCAGCAGAACUCUGUAUGAACUCAGUAAUUUCUCAAAUCUGAUAGGUAAAAAAGUGUGGCUUUUUGCUUCCUGUCCCUUCCUCCACCCCUAAACCAUACAGCAUUGUGCUUUCUGGUGACAUUUACUCACACAGAGCUUCUCACAGCUCUCUCUUCACUUAGAUCACCCCGUGUGUGAGGGACCUGUGCUGUCCAGUGCCAUUUUAGUCAGGCUGCCUGACUCAGAGCACUUCCUAGGAGAGAAUGCCCCUGCUUCAGAUCAGUGUUGAGGGUGCAGUUCUGGGAUAUCUCCGAUGCAUGUGCCCAUAGAUAUUUGGGAAGUGCUAAUUCAGACUGCUGGAUGUCUGGUGUCCUCGGAGUGCCUGAGUGGAGGCCCCAGUGCUUUAACCUGGUGCAGUGACCAAGGCAGUAGGGAUCAGAAUGGCGAAAGCCACUGAAAAAUCCAAGUUCAGUACCGGCUUUCUUUGCCCGACAGAUGGAUUUUGUAGCAUUGAAUCUGUUGUUUAGU